AUGUCGAAAAGCAUCAAAGCCCUCAGCCUUAAAGGCAAACAGAAUUGGGACACGUCAAUAUACUGCUUCAGCAAGAACAAACGCAACAACUUCAUGUGGGAAAAGGAUGGUGCUGCCAAGGAAGCCCUGAAGCACUUUUUCCAGAAUCAACUUACAUCGACCCCUCAGUUUCGCCAUUCGCCCUCGCGUGUCACCAUUCAAAUGUUCUACUAUGCCGAUCCCAACUUUGGAGACCUUUCUCAAUUCAAGUUGCAGCCUCUUGAACAACUCGUCAGCAAUCUCUAUCCAAACAAAUACGUCGACAUGCGUGUGAUUCGCCUCCACUAUCCUUACAUGAACGCCGAGAUUCUCGCAAAAUACUUGACUGUCAACAGCCAGAAAAAGUCUUGGUCUGCAUUGACUCGACCCUUCAUGAAGAACAUGCCUAUCGUCAAGGCUCCUCUUGCACACAACAUGCCAUUCGCCGUUCAAUGGCAGAGCCUCUUGCCUCAAGUUGCUAACGAUAAGCUCACCACCGCCAUUCAAGGUGUCAAGUAUCAAGUCUCCGGUCGUUUGGGUCGUCGAUCAGGUUCCGGUCGUAGUCAAAUCUUGCGCAAAUCCAUUGGUACCUUCCAGUUCACCAGCCAUCGUUCUCUCGUGGAUGUGGGUCGUCAUACUUUCUCCAAUAAGAAUGGUAGCAUCACUGUCAAGGUGUGGAUUGCAUCUGCUCUCUUUGGUGCCAAUGCUCUCUCAAGACAUGUCAACAAGAAAGCCGUCGAGACCGCCGCCGCUGCUGCUGCUUCCACUCCCAAGCUUUAA